AUGGCAAUAGGAGGUUCCGAGAUGGAGCUUUUAAUGACAAAACUCGAUUACUUGCAAGACAAGCUGCAUGAGGUGGAGCAAACUAUGAAAAGUUCGCUGAAGGAAACGGAGCUUCGUCUACAGGCCAAAAUGCAUGCAAUGGAAGACUCUUUGAAAAAGAGUCUGGAGGCAUCCGAACAGAAUACACGGACCCAAUUGGAGGAAUUGAAGAAUCAUAUGAUACCCAAGAUGGAACACAUUCAGGAAGCAUCGCUAACUGAGCUCAAGAAACUAGAAGAAAAUAAGGAAAUCUCUGAUAUGCUAACAAAGUCGAUGCAUAAUUUAACUACAAAUGUAGAAACACGCAUUACCGACGAAUCUGGCACGCAUCUUUUCCGUUUGGGGAAAAGUUCGAAUCCAUUUGAAGUAUUUUGUGAACAAAAUAAGUUCGAAGGCGGCUGGACUGUAAUCCAGCAUAGGUUCGACGGUUUAGUUGACUUUUAUAGGAACUGGACGGAGUACCGCAACGGAUUCGGGAAUGUGGCAGGCGAAUUCUGGCUCGGGCUAGAAUACGUACAUCAAAUUACCAAAAACCGACCGCAUGAACUGCUGGUGGAAAUGAAAGAUUUCCAUGGAAACUACGGGUACGCUAAGUAUGACGAGUUUGAGAUAGGGAACGAAUCGGAGUUGUAUGCGUUGAAGAAGUUAGGGACAUACUCAGGGACAGCAGGAGAUUCGAUGGAGUACCACAAGAAUCAAAAGUUUACCACAUUCGAUCGCGACAAUGACGAACGGGAUGGCAUUAAUUGUGCUAAGAAAUUUCACGGAGCCUGGUGGUACAACGACUGCCUCCCUUCCAAUUUGAACGGGCGUUAUCAGAACACAACAGACGAUCAGAGUGCGAUGGUGUGGUUCCAUUUCACAAAGGAAACAUAUUUUUAUUGGACCACAGCAUAUCGGAAAAGUGGAGGAUAG